AUGGCGUGGAUAGUACAGUUAAUCUUGGCCUGUUUAUUCUCUCUGAACGUGAGUUGUCAUUUCUACCGUGUCAGCAAUGCAGUGAGAACUCCAGAAACAUCGUUUACAAACUUGGAUCCAGUUAACUAUCUUCAAAAACUGUUACAUGGCUACGGAACCGGCUAUGAUUAUUAUGAUGAAGAUUUUCCUGGUGGAAGCUACAACAUUCCAGAUCUUGGAGACCUAAUCAUAGAAAGACGAAACCAUAAAGUACCUCAUGACCUUCGCAACGUCGAGAAUCCAAGUCAGAGACCAGAACAUCGCGACCCUCAAGAUUACACGGCACUUAAUGAACGAAAGUCUCAGGAUAAGCAUACUGAGAAUUUAAUACCUAACCUAACAAAUAGUCAUAAAUCCUAUGGUUACACUGGUAUAGAUAGGGACGAGUCUAUUGUUAGUCAAGACAAAGUGGCGUUUACAAAUGAUAAUGGGAAUUUAUAUCAAAGUAAAGAAUCUCGUUCCGAAAACUCAGGAACCUCAACACAGGAUACUGUGCCCAAAAUUAUUUAUGUACAGACAGACGGCUUACAAGAUAAUCAAUUGUAUCAAGUGGCAGGAAGCAGCGGAGACUCCAUAAUUAUGUCUCGCGCUCAAACAAACAAAGGUCCCUUGUAUUAUAUAGUGAAACCAAAUAAUUUUAAUGCUGCAAAUAACUUAGAACAAUCGACAAUAUUACCUCAAACAAGCGCAUUAAAUAAUGACGCUAGUUACAUCAUUAGGUAUGCUCAUAAACAGCCUAAUGAAUUUUCUAAUGUCCCAAAAAAUAAUGAUGAUACAUCAAAUAUGAAUUUUGGAUCUCAGAAUAGUAAUCACCAAAGCACACAUAAUACAAUACGAUCCGAUAAAAAUAAUCCUACUGUUGAUAAUUUUUUUACAAAUGCUAAUGGGAAUAGAAAGAAGGAAGAAUUGGAUUUAAAUCAAAGCUAUAAAAAUCCUUCAAAUUAUGAAAAGCAGAAUAUUCAACCAAUAAUUUUAGUUUUAGCAAAUCCAUACAUGAACCGCCCGAGUUCUGAUAUGAGUACUACCAACCCAAAAAAAGGACAAACUUUUAAUAAUAAGCCAAACAGAGGAGAAAUUCUAAACACGGAUAAAAAUGUAAAGGGAGGUGAACAUUUAAACACAGAGGAAAAUUUACAAAACAGUGCUGAAGGCGAUAAUGAUCUAGAGGAUGAUGUAAUGAAAUCCAUAAUUGCAGCUUUAAAAGAUCUUCCAGCUAUCACUGAUCAAGAUUUUAAAGUAAUAAAAAUAAUAACUAAUAACGCUCCGACUGAAAAUAGCAAGAAUUCAAUUCAAUUGAAUCGGGAUGCAGGGAAUACGGAAAAUCCAAUGAGCUCUGAUGAAAUAUCUACAGAAUCUAGUGUGAAACAGAAUGUUCCUACUAUCAGAAAUAGAGCUAAUGGAAUAGUUAAUAAUAAUUCUGUUUUAGAUAGGAAGAACGUAGACAAUCCAGCAAAUGUGCGGUCUAAUACUUUAGAAACACCAUUUCGAGUAGAUGAUGGUACAGAGCUCUAUCGCAUUAUUUCUAUUGCAUCAGAAAAGGACCUAAAUGAUUUAAGAAAAUACAUCACGGUUAAUGGAAAGGGUCCUAGUAGUGAGAAGGUACAUAUCGGAGAUACUAUAAAUAAGCCAUUAAAAUAUCAAUCUGAAGAUACACUUGAUACCCAGAAAACAGCAAAUACAUCAGAUGCAAGCGGGGUGAUGAACUCAAUUUCGAAAGACAAUAUUGCUACUAAUGUAGAAACUAAACCACUUGUCGAGAAAUUACCAACAACCAAUGAAAAUACGGCCAGCAUUGAAGAUGGUAUAGAAUCUAAAUUCAUGGGUGUUUUGGCCAACGCUGGAGCUUUUGGCAAAUCCAGUAGUUCGUUUGGAGACAAAGUGGAAAAUAUCGAUGGUUAUGCUGUCCAACCAGCUGUGAUGAUAACAUCAUUCAAAGAUAAUAAUUGA